CGUCAUCAUUCAGCGUCGCCUUGUAAGAAGCCGCUCGUGGACUUUGCAGGAAACUUCAGCUUGCUGAAUCAUUUUGAUUGCUGAUAAGAGGAUGGAUUCUCUGUAUGGGCCUGUUGCUUUGGGUAUACUGGCAGGUGUAGGCUGUGGGCUCUGCCUCGGGUGGCACCUGAGUGGGCGUUUUGGCAGAUCGUCCCGCAGCAUGAUGGCAGCUUUAGGAAACAGCGGCGGUGCUGGCAGCGAGGCCAACGUGAUGGGCGAGAGCGGAGAGUUCAAAAUGAUCCUGGUGGUCCGAACCGAUCUGAAGAUGGGCAAAGGUAAAGUGGCGGCCCAGUGCUCCCACGCCGCUGUGUCCGCCUACAAGCAGGUCCAGCGCAGAAACCCAGAGCUCCUGAAACAGUGGGAGUACUGUGGUCAGCCCAAAGUGGUGGUCAAGGCUCCAGACGAGGACUGUCUGCUGGAACUUCUGUCCCACGCCAAAGAGGUCGGACUGCCGGUUAGCUUAAUCCAAGACGCUGGAAGAACCCAAAUUGCACCAGGUUCUCGGACAGUUCUUGGCGUGGGACCGGGACCAGCUGAUCUUGUGGAUAAAGUGACUGGACACCUAAAGUUGUAUUGAAUAACACUAUUGGAUGGGACCAAUUUUUAUACAACUGGAGUGGUGGAGAUGCAUUAAAAGGGUUAAAAUGACACACUGAUUUAUAGGUUUAACCAUUUAUUUUUAAGUAAACAGUUCACCCAUUCCAUAAACAUGAGUACAUUUUUGUCAUUAUAAGUCUUAUGUACAAUUAGUCAUUUGGGAAUCUUAUUUCAAUCACCCCCUCAUACCCAUUGGAAUAAACUAUUCUGGACUUUGGUGCAAAAAUCA